AACUUCUUCUUCUCCAGAAACAUUCAUCAUCACCCACCAAAUCGUAAAACCUUAAUCUUCGAAUCUCACAAAGCUCAAACUCUUGGAUUCUUACUAAUCCCAACCGCAGAGCUACGGUCGCAGAACAUCUUUUACAAUCCGGGAUCUCAUUCACUUCUUUCAAUGGAGAAAGGGUUGGAAGAUAAAGAAGAAUUUGAUGAGGCUGAGAUUGAGUAUACGAGUUAUGCUGGUGAGCAUCAUCUGCCAUUGAUUAUGUCUCUUGUUGACCAAGAACUUAGUGAACCUUACUCUAUCUUUACUUACCGGUACUUCGUCUACCUCUGGCCGCAGCUAUGCUUCCUGGCCUUUCACAAAGGUAAAUGCAUAGGAACCGUAGUCUGUAAGAUGGGAGAUCAUCGACAGACUUUCAGAGGGUACAUCGCUAUGUUAGUUGUGAUUAAACCAUAUCGUGGCCGAGGCAUAGCCUCGGAGCUUGUCACGAGAUCAAUAAAAGCGAUGAUGGAAUCAGGCUGUGAAGAGGUAACUCUGGAGGCAGAAGUGAGUAACAAAGGAGCAUUGGCACUAUAUGGGCGUCUUGGGUUCAUAAGAGCCAAACGGCUAUACCACUAUUACUUAAAUGGAAUGGAUGCUUUUCGCCUGAAGCUCUUGUUCCCUAAGCCUCGUCUACCUCAAAUACCUCAAAUACCUUCUCAAGUUCAUACCCCGGUUGUGUUCCCUACGCCUCGUGUACCUUAAAUACCUUCUCAAGAUUAAACCCAACAAGAGCAGGAGAAAUUUACUGGAUGACCCAGUCACUUCCUAAUCAUCUGAGGUCAAGAGAAUCUCAUGCACCAGCACCAUUGUCUAAUGCCAUCUUUGAGGCCAUGAGCAGAGGUGUGUUUCUUCUAUGUAUUCCAAAUUCUGAACAUGAUAAGACAAUGUUCUAUUUCGUAUUAAGAAAUAUUAAAGGUGGGUACAAUAUUAGUCCCAAUUUUAUGAAAUAUUUUCAACUGGAUUAAGGUAUUAGUCAAACCGGUUGAGUAAGCGAUUAGUGUGACA